AUGAUGCGCUCCGCAAUUCCUCUGAUCUUGUCCCUCGGCUCGCUAGCCGCGGCGAUCAAUAUCACUAGCCCCACGGUCAACUCGACCGUCACUGCCGCUCCACCGUCGACUCUGUACCUGUGGAACUUUGUCUCCUGGCCUCCUACCUACGUGCCUUUGGCCAUGGACGUCUCGUCUUCGGACCUGUCCGCUUCCGUCAAGAUCCCCUGCGACACCAACCCCGAAUGGGGCUACCAGAUCAGCGGAAUCAACGGCACCAAUGUGUACAUCAUCUACGCACAAGGUGAAAAGUUCAGCGUUGAGGCCCCCAAGGACGGCGCUGCCUGCGUCGAUCCCACUCCGGUGCCCACGGCAUCCACUUGCCCCAGCGCCCGGCGUCUACCGUUUAUGUCACGCACCACUAGCAUGCCCACCUCCAAAACUGUGAAGCCCGGAAUUGUGCCUAAGACUAUUGGUUGGUGUUCAGACUAUUCCAACCCUGUGACCUUGAGCGAGGUUCCCACCGCGACUGCCUCCGUGGUCGAAGUGAUCACUGCGGCUCCUAGCCAACUCACCGAUGCGCCCCGUGUGAAGACCAUCGUCACCACCAAGACCAAGGUCGUCUGUCCUUGCGACGAAUAA